AUACGUACCGUGCAUCUUGUGCCGGUUCGGUUGAAACCAAUACUAUAAASAAAAAGAAGGYGUUCGGGUUUCAAGCUUGUUAUAUCUUCUAUUCUAUUAUUUUAUUGUGYUGUAUUGUAUUGUUUUCUAUGUUCUUCUAUUGUAUUCCGCUGCAGUGCGUUGCAGCAGUUUGACUCCACGGAGCCUUGCCGGUCCUCCCGAUCACGCUGCCAACACGGCCGGACCGAGGUGGCUGCGGCCUGGCCCGACGGUUUCUGCCUGCUCCUGUUCCUGCCGUUCCCGUUGGCGGUAGACCUCCGGCCAGUUGGUCCGGACAAAGUCUUCCCACACGCUCGCCGCGACGAUGGAUUCRUCCUGGUGGUACUGCUCCUCCGAGGCGACGUGCAUCGUCCCUGCCGAUUCGCACGAMUUUGGCCUGGCAAAGGCGGUCGAUCGCCCAAAGGCGUCCGUUGCGGGCUGCUCCCGGUGCACCCCGUCCCACAGGCAAACGGGGCGGCUCGGCGUGAACACCGGGGCGGAGGGCUUUCGAAGAUCGCCGGAGUCCCGCAGGGACGACGACGAAGACGAAGAAGACGACGACGGCUCGUCGGCUCCGCUCUUCAGGAGCUCCUCGAUCGCAAAGAGGGUUCGCCCGCAGGGUGCCCCCAUCCGGCCCGUGUCCCUCUGGAUGGGCCAGGACACCACGAAUCCACAGACCUUGUGCUCCCGUACCAGCUCGGAGAGCCUCCGGCGGGAUUCCUCGGGGAUCCUGCGUUUCCCCCGCUGGCGGAUCGGGAGCGAGUACGAGCUGUAGAAGGGUGCCGCCGUAGACGACGCUGAMGUUGACGCCGUGGUCGAAAUCGCCACGCUCGGGUGCUUCGAGAUGGUGAUUCCGAUGCGGUCGGCGUGGACAUCUACGGUGGCAAUGGCGGCACCCAUUGAUUUCCUCCAGUCCAGGGCGUUUGCAACCUUGGAAGGAGUCGUCAAAACCUUCAUCAGCUGGUUCGAGCAGGUUCUUCCGGCCAUGCUUGAUUUGCUGCUGUGCUGUGGUGUGCUGUGCUGUGCUGUGUUCUUUUUUGUUAUGUUCUUAGGGAAAAAUUGUACCACUACUUGCGUUUUCCUUUGUUGCGUUGGGUUGUGGGUGGGUACGUCACGGGUUCUUUCUGCUUGUGUGUUGUUCUUGUGCUUUUCGAAUUGGGGAUUUUAUUAGAAAAAGUACUGCUGUARAAGUAGUAAAUAAUUUACGACAGAACUGGGGUGUCGGUUUUYAUGAGGAAAAAAAUGGAGGAACUUCUAGAAGUAUUCGUUACGACUACCUCGGGAGAAAAAUGAUGUCGAUUUUGUCGUCCGUUCGAAACUUCGCGAUUUUUAGCUUCAAAACACGACCCGGCGCUGGGGAAGGAUUGUUGAUGGCAUGGCGUCAAAUCUCGAUGGUUCGUGUGACGAAACAAUUGGAACGAUCGGAGUAGCACUCGGGCUCGGAACGGGAGUACCUGGUUGGAUGCUCUGGGAGAMGUACGGACGYCAUGMAGGCGCAGAUGCAGAACAACUGACAGCGGUUCGGAUUCGUGUCCCGGUUUCGGUCACAGACCGCAUCAGCGAUCCUUCCACAUCGCCACCAUCGGCGACCCCGGUCAUUUUUGGGGUUCUCCAACGGCAACCGAUACUACCGUACGUACUACUACUAAKAGGAACCGCACAGUAUUAUUGUAGGUUUACGCAGUACCAGUACUGAUGAGAAGUACGUUAUGUGCUUCCUGCGUUGAUGCACGUUUGGUCGAUCUUGCGGCAGUCGGAAAGAAAACUUCAGUCGUGCUUGAGAAUYCGGCAACGUUCCCGGGAAGAAUUCAUGCCGACCUUAAAAAAAUCGACUGUCACUGUUUUGUGUUUUGUGUCUCGUUCGCAAGAUACCGGUAGGAGUGCAACGCUACAAAGAACAAACAAURUGAUCUUCAACGAUAAUACAAGGGAUGCAAUCGUCCGUACGAGCACACAUCCGAGUGUGAAUGUGUAUGUAACACGCCGAGUUCCCUCCGGUCAGAAAGUUCGAGAGCAAAAAACGCUCGACGUGCUUUCGUUGUUGCCGCCGUCGUCACCAUGGUGGCCCGGACGCCAUUCUUGUUCACACUCCGUUUCCGGAUCCCCUUCUAAUGAGAUCGUUCCUUCAGAUCUGUUCUAGAAAUGCAUCAAUAUAUUGUGCUCCAGCCGCCAUCGUGAUUGUGGCCGGCUCCGAAACCAUCUGGUGAAGGCGCCCUCUUGGAAGGCUGCAAAUAAACUUCUGAAAGCACUGCUGCCCACCAGAUCGGUAGAUAGAACAAACUACAAUUCGGAAUAUAAAUCAAGGCACUGGGCUCUAUGGGGCGAUUCUUACGAUGAUGACAUCGAGCAUCUUUUUCAGUUACUCUGCUAAGACUACAAAACUUGUUGCGAGAGGAYAUUUGGAGUCAAAUUAUKAAAGGGCAAUAAUGAGAUUCAUGAGUGACUCAACUGACUAUAACAAAGACAACAAAACGUUGGGUGCAGAGGUAUGGAUUCCACUCRUGGGACUUUAAUGAAUAAUUCUAUGGAAUUGACGCACAGGUGGAAAAGAUUUUUUCGAUCACGGGUACAGCUGAGGAUGCAUCGCAGCUUUCAGUCGAUUCCCAAGCAGGGCAACACAGCACAACACUAGAGCGGCAAAAUUUAAGCUUACGCAAAAGAUGACCGCCGAUUGUUUACCCACGCAACAACGAUACGUCUCUUCGUGGAUCCUACUUCGGCAAAACCAUCUUUUUCAAAGUUGAAUCCUMGCAUUAUGCAAGUUACUACAGCAAGAACGCCAGCGUUUGCGAAGGAAAAUGAAAGCCACGAAAUAAAUCUUAUAGCUAGGAGGCUAAAUUUCUGAAGACAAAAGAUAUAUUUUGAUCACAAACAGAGCKAGGAUGCAGUACUACUCCUUAUUAGAAGAACAUUUGAUCGUCUCAACAAGAUCAAUGUACUUCUUUUUCUAUUCUAUUUCUAAAAUAUCUUAAGAAAGAAUGAAUCGGUAA